AUGCCAUCACUAGAAGAACCGCCCUUCUUCAACACCAGUCCUUCCGAAUUAACUAAAUCAGCCUCGGACUUGAUUGAUCGCGUCAACAAAGCCACCAACGACCUCGUGCGAUCUGUAUCACCGGAAUUCGCCUCAUUCGAUGAUACGAUCAUCCCAUUCGCAAAUAUCGAAAAUGAAAUCAAGGGGAAAGUGCAAUACUUGGCUCUUUUCCAAGCCGUAUCUCCCAAUCCGGAGAUACGCAAGGCAUCUUUGACUGCUGUCAGCCUAGUUGAUAAAGCCUACCUUGGCCUAUUUCGAGACCGAUCAUUAUUUGCGCUAGUCCACGCGGUAAAAAAUACAUGUCCACAAGAUAGCAUCGAUGCUGAAGACCGGAAGUAUCUCAAAAAGCUCCACUCCUUGUUUUGGGAUAACGGGAUUGGCCUAGAAGGCAGUGCCAAUGAGCGAUUCAAUGAGAUUUCAAAUAAACUGGUGGAGCUACAAGUCGCAUUCAUGGAGAAUCUUGGCUCAGAUCCCGGUCAUGUCUCGAAGACUAGGGAUGAGCUUGUCGGUCUGGUGGCGAAAGAACUGGACAAUUUAUCGGAUGGGAUUCCGUUGAAGAAAUCACAAAUCAACAUGGUGCUCUCGCGUUGUCAGAACAGUGAUACUCGCAAGGAGAUCUUUCUUCGAGGCCAAAACACGUUCCCCGAGAACGCCAAGCUACUUAAAGAAACCGUCAUCCUUCGAGAUGAAGCAGCCAGGUUACUUGGGUUUAGUUCAUUUGCAGCACAAAAGGGAGGCAACAUGAUGCUCAGUUCUCCUGAAUCGAUUCACCGGAUGCUCGACGAACUUGCAGAUCACCUGCGUCCGAUCGCGCAGAGAGAGCUGGAAAGAAUGAGACACUUGAGGGAGGGCGAUGAUGAUUCUUUCUAUCUGUGGGACUUUGAUUACUACCAUGAUCUUCUCCUACGAGAGCAAUACAAUGUCGACCAUGAGUUGAUAUCGGAAUACUUCCCGGCUUUAUUUACGGUCGGGAAAAUGCUCACCGUUUUCGAAGGUGUAUUUGGUUUAUCAAUCAAAGAGAUUAAAGAUGUACCCCAGAAGAGAGUUUGGCAUCCGGAAGUUCAAGUCUUCCGUGUUCAAUGUGCAGAGACAUUGCGGCUUCUAGGAUUUCUCUACGUGGACAUCUUCCCCCGAGCAGGAAAAUUCAGUCAUGCAGCCAAUUUCAAUAUCUAUCCAGUUAGUAUACCACCCCUGAGAGCUUUCCAAGCUAAUGUAGAAUAUAGUCCUAUAAGCCUGCGACAGGAGAGAAGCCACCUGUUGUAUGUACUGCUCUGGUAUGCAAUUUAUCCCAGCCGUCCCCAGGGAAAGCCGGUGCUUCUGAAGCAUCGGGAGGUCAUCACUUUGUUUCAUGAGCUUGGUCACGGUAAUAUUUGA